CCGGAGCCCUCCCGUAGUGUCGUAUAGGGUGUUAUUGUAUUCCGGCCAUUUCUUAAUUUUGUUUUCUUUUCAUAUCUAAUUCGAUUAGAUCUUCCUCUGCGUUCCCCUUUCGAGGUAACUUCUACCCGUCUCUAGCUCACAGCGAUCACGAAGGUCGAAACGAUGAGCGACCACACGGGAAAUUCAACGCAGUCCAUAGCAGAUUACCUGGCCCAGCUGCUGAAGGAUCGCAAGCAGGUGACCGCCUUCCCCAAUGUCUUCAUGCACGUCGAACGUCUAAUAGAUGAAGAAAUUGGAAGGGUACGGUCUUCGCUAUUCCAAGUGGACGGCGUCAAAAAGGAACCCCUGGUACUCCCAGAACCAGAAGGAGAAACGAUGACGCUUACGGACAAAGUUUACGUACCAGUUAAAGACCAUCCAGACUUUAACUUCGUUGGAAGGAUUCUUGGGCCCAGAGGUAUGACAGCUAAACAGCUUGAACUUGAAACUGGUUGUAAAAUAAUGGUUCGAGGAAAAGGCUCGAUGAGGGAUAAGAAAAAGGAGGAAGCAAGUAGAGGAAAACCAAAUUGGGAACAUUUGAAUGAAGAUCUUCACGUGCUGAUCACUGUUGAAGAUACUGAAAACAGAGCAAGAGUUCGCCUUGCCAGGGCUGUCGAAGAAGUAAAAAAUCUCAUUAUUCCAGCUGAAGGAGAAGAUGAAUUGAAGAAGAGGCAGUUAAUGGAAUUAGCAAUAAUUAACGGAACAUACAGAGAUUCAAAUACAAAAGCUCUUGCUGCUGCAGCUGAUGAAGAGUGGCGAAGAAUGGCUUUAACUGCUGCUGCAGCUGAAACCCAGCGCUUGAUGUCACCUGGGAUCCCUGGAUUGGCCACGCCUUUGAGGACCCCAACAACUGCCAAUCCUCUAGGGGCUCCACUCAUCCUGUCCCCAAGGAUCCCAGUGCCUACUUCCGCAGCACCUCUGCUUUCGCCACCUGAGGCUCACCCCCACCAACUUAUCUACACGCCGUAUGCUGACUAUACCAAUUAUGCAGCACUUGCAGGCACACCUCUUAUUUCAGAGUACACAGCUGCUGACCAUUCUGAAAUGGCCCUCUCUGAUGAUCUUCCAUGUGCCAGCAUUACGGUAAUUAACUUUCCAGAACCAGCUCUCAGUUGGCAGAACUACGGCCUCUCAUUCACUUCCGUAGUCAAUUGAUAAUUGCAUGUCUUCAGUUUUCUUUUUUCUUGUUUUUUUCUUUUUUUUUUUUUUUUAAAUCAUUCUUAUAUUCUAGAUUGUAUCAAAUGCAAUCUUUGUUAAUUUUUACCAUAUUUAGUAAUUAAGAUAUAUAAGCGUUUCAAUGUAAAUGAGGAACAAAAAAGUUUCAUGAAACUGAGAGUUCUUCUAUAUUUUUGUUUUGUUUUUAUUACGUACUGUAAUGAUUGCAUUGCUUAAUUUUUGCUUAAACUUGUGUUAAACAAGUGUGGUGAUUGUUUUAUUUUUCUUUGUUUUUUAUUUUUGAGGCUUGCAUUUUUUUUCGGUGUAGGCAAAGGUGCUACUUUUAUUUUUUUAAUAAAAAAAGAAAAAAGAUUUUGAUAAAAAGUGAAUAUAUUUUCCACUAUCCAAUUUGUACCUCAUAUUAAAGAAUGGGACUAUAAUUAAUGUAUUAUUGAAGUGUACAUAUGUUUAUAAAGUUAGGAUUGUUUGUGUAGCUGAAGAAAAUGAGUGUUAUAAAAAAAAAGUAUUUUAUAUUCAAUUAGAAAAUUGUUUCUUCAUUGAUAUUAAAUGAAAGAUAAAUAGUAUUGUAUAGGUAUUAUAUAUUUUUUUUAUUUUAUUCAUAUCUUUAUAAUAUAAGAAAUAUUUUUAAUGAGUUAUUCGUAUUUUAUAUUUACGGCAGUACGAGAUUUGAGUAUAUGAUACUCAUCAGCUGCAGGUUUUUUUAGUGCAUUUUUGUGUUUUGUUUUUAUAAUUACAAUUUAUUUAAUGCACAUGCAAUGUGUAUCAAAAACUUGGUAUAUGACUAAAUAUUAAAUGUUUUAAGUAUAUUGUUACAUUGUGUAUGUGAUGUUUGCUGGGAUAAAAUGCUUAUCUGUUAUCGCAUUAUGGUGCUGGCCCAUGCUUCCUUAACAUUUCUUGUUUUUGAGUUAGAUCCGUCAUCUAUUUUAUUCAGUGGAACCAGUUUUACUAUUUUCUGACUAGAGCAAGUUAAUUUUAUUUUUCUCUGAAUUCAUAUAAGGCUGGCCUUGUAUGUGAUGUAAUGUUAGGAUUAUAUUUAAUUUAUGAAUCGGGAUUAAGUAAAUAGGAAUGAUAUUUUCCUAUUUUCAAAAUAAAACUUCUUUCGUUAUUAUCAUCUCUCCCACCAACACUAAUUGGUGCGCCAUCCAAUAUUCUAGAAUAUUUUAUGGAAUCCUAUUUUAUUAUUUUUAGGAAGUUAUGCUUAAGCUGUCUUUAGUAAAGGUUAACGGUAUUUAUUUGAGGAAAAAUAAGUGUAUCCUUAAAAUAGACUAUUUUUCUAUGUUCUAAAAAUAGACACUUUUUGCUUUAAUUACUUUUUUUUUUUUUUUUUGUCCAUGAAAUUAUUAUCCAGGGACAUAAUUGUGGUUAUUAAAGUUCAAAAAAAGUUGGCCAAGUUCAAAAAAGAUAUCAAUCCAUUCAGUCUUAUUGGUUUAUUCUAUUACUUCAGUUAAUUUUUACUUUCAAUUACCUACUAAUUAAAUUUAAAUUGAACAACAAUUGCAAAGAUAACAUUCCAUUUUGAAAUUAAUAUUUGACUUCUUUUUUUUUUUUAAGUUUUCUUUACGGGAUCUUUUGACAUGAAUCAGCUUAUUUAAAAAAAAAAAAAUAAUAUUAUUUACAAGACUGUUGUGUUGUUUUGAAACAUCAAAAUCCCAGUUGUCCUGUUGUAGUUCUGAUAGCUCUUUUAAAAAAAACUAUUAUUAAUUGAACAUAUUCUUCCUGUAUCUUUGUGUUUGCAAAAUAGGUACCAAAUCGUUAAAUAUGCCUUCAGAAAAAAUGUUUUUCUAUAGAAACCAAAUAAAAAGUCACCUUAUGUGUCUUUACAGUAUAGAUUGUUAUUGAUCCAGUAAUGUGUAAUUCAUGUAAAAUAUUUACUGACAUUUUCUCCUAGUUUAAUGUUUAUUGAAUUCUAAUAAUUACACCUUUAAAAAAGUAAAUGGACAUAUAUGUUAGUUAUUUAGUACUAUUUAUCACAACAUUUAAUCUCAUAAAAGAAAAUUUUAGGCUGAAUCAUUAUCAGAAUACAAUCUCAAUUAAAGACUUCUGAUACAAGCUAUACAUAUAGUUUUAUGAUCAACUCAGUGGCUACUUUGGAUCAACAGCCACUUGCUAAACCAUAUCUUAAUUAUUUCAAUUAUGAAUUAUCAUUUAUGAUUUCCAGUUUUCAUAUUAUUUUUUUUUCUUAUUACUAAAUCUUGUCUUUUUAUUAUUAUUAAAAGUAAAGAAUCCAAUUAAUUCUUCGCUUGAAAGUAUACUACAUGUUACUAUAAUUUACAUUUUAAAAAUUUUUAGAGGUCCGUUUUUGAUAAAACUUGCUUUGGAUAAGUCUGAAAAUGGAUUUUGCUGGUUUAGACCUUAAUUUCAUUAGUGGUUAUAGUGUAACUGCAGAUCUCAAGCUUUCUGCUUCUGGUGACAGUAUUUCUACUCUUUCAAACUUAAUUCUGCUUAAUGAAAAGCAUUGAAAAAUCUCUUCAGAUUCUAUCACUUUUCAUUUUAAUUGUCACUGAAUUUGAAUCUUAUUCAAUUGAUACAUCACAGCUUAAGAACUGAGAUAUUCCUAUUUUUAUUUUGUUUACUAUUAAUUUUAGAGACCAACAUAGGCACAUAUGUAUGUACAUGUGUUUAUGUUUUUCUACAUUUAUACAUAUACAACAUAUGUAUAUAAAUAAAUGGAUAAAUAUUAUAUUUUUAUAUACAUGCGUGUUUUUAUUUUGUUUAAAAUAAUCCAUGAAGCAUAUGCUGAAUUCCUAAGAGACUGAUUUAUAUGGAGCUAACAAUACUUCCCUCGCUUAAGUAGUAAAUUCAAUGAGUGUUUAACAAAACUAAAACAAAUUCUCAGACGAGGGGACCAAUUGUUACAUUUCUACAGGUCAAUUUUAAUUAACCUUUUGAUCCUAAUAACUCUAUAACUACUCUGAUGUUAACAUUGCAUUAGUCAUUUCACUAGAACUACAUCGCCUAAAUAUUUAUAUUUUAUUUUGUUAUAUACUUUUUCAAAUGUUUUAUAUUUAUAUAUAUAUGUUGGAAAUAUCUGUUUAAAUAUAUAUUUUAGAAUUUUUGAAUGCAAAAAGGAGUUAUAUUAAAUAUAUUUGCUCCAAAAUUUUAUUUAGUUAGUAUCGACUCUUUGUAUAUAUAAGUAAAAGAAGAAGCAAAUCUAUUGUAUUGAAUGUUGAAUCUGUAGACUCAGUGCCAUACGGUGUAGUCUUAAUCACUGGCUGAAAAUAUAAUCAAAUUAGGAUUAAACUGAGACUAUUAGUUGCCAUUGGGUGAGCUCAGGCUAGAAAAGAGAGUGAAUGAGUGAGCAUAUGGGAGAAUGUAUUUAUUAUAUAUGUAUAUUAUUAUUACUAUUAUUAUUAUUAUAAAUCGGACUUUAGGGAUCUGAUAUCAUUGUGAAUACAAUAGUCAUGUCUGUUACCAGUCUCUCACUCACCUUAAGAGCUUUAGCACUUUAUUUAAUUAUCUGCGCGGGUGCAGGUGCUGCUGCUGCAGCUGCUGUUGCUAAGCAACGCAGACAUUUGGGUCAAAUUCGAGAACAUCCAUAUCAAAGGGCGGGUGCACUAUCAUGAAAAAUUUUCUAUCUUUCAAGUGCCCCCCAUAAAGGUUAGUUUGUGUUUCCCAAAUAGUGUAUUUCUUAUUUAUAUAUUACAUUAUAUAUUGUUGUUUGUAGACAGUUAUUUUGAUUUUAUUUUUAUUAUUUUACUUUGUUGUUUUAUAUUAUAUUUUGCAGGAGAGAACAAGCUUUUAAUUAUUAAAAGUUUAAUCGUAAUGCCUUGCUGGGAGUUUUUUUUUUUAAUUUUAUAUAUUUUAUUAGUAUAAUUAGGUUGUAAAUAUUUUCUUUCAUAAAAACUUUUAAAGUAAGGCAUUACAGAAUUCUUAAUAGGCUGAGGAAAGAAGGACAAUCUGAACAUUGUAACUGUGGCACUCUCACAGUAUAAAUACAUGACAAUACUAGUCUCAAUGUUUUGUUUUUAUUUUUAUAUUAUAUAUGUAUUUAUUUAUAGCUGUUAUAUCUAUAUAUAUAGGAAAGAUCCUUUACCAGUGUUAUCAAAUAUAGCUUUAAACUACCAUUAAUAGUGCAGAAACUGAAUGCAUUUUAGACAAGGUUGUGAUUUUAGUACAAGGUGCUAAUGUAAAAAUUGAUUCGUCCUUCUUUUCUCAAUUUAACGAACUUUAUUAUAGUCAGGAAUGUCUGUUGACAAAUGUUUUUAAUAUACAUGUUUUAUAUGAAAUUAUACACGAAGAGAUUUAUAGUUUAUAUAUAAUAUAUUCGUAUAUUGUUAAGAAUAUUCUUACAUUGUAUACAACUUGAGCCUGUGGUCUGCUAAGUUGAAAACAAAUUGUAUUCAGUGGUGCACAGAAAUACCGGUUUAAUAAAAUUUUAAAAUAAAUAUAAUCUUUUUUAUUUAAAUACCCUCCAGCCUUGAGCACUUUGUAGUUGAUGGAAGUUAAUCAUAAUAAAAGUAACAUAAUUUAUUAAUACUUAUUUAUGAGAAAUUAAUUAACCACGAUUAACAAACCAAUAAAAACCCUUAAUUAUUAAAAUUAACUCCACUUUCCUACACCUUUUGCACCUAAUGAGAAAUUGGCAAUGGUUCUAAUUUUGUUUAUUGAAAAUUAAUAUAUUAAUUGAUGUGGUUUGCUAAUGGAAUUUGGGAACUAAAUGCACACUAAUAAACUUCAUCCACAAGGCCAAGUUGACUAACCGUCUGUAUUUAGCUUCUCUGGAAUGUUUUUUCAUUUUUAUUUUUAUUUUAUAAAUUAAAAAAUAAAUAAAUGAUUCAAUGUUUGAUAAAGUUAAUUAUAAAACUUUGGUCAUUUUUGAUGUUCCAUUUAAUUAAGAAUGCUAAAUUAAUAGUUUCAUUGACAAUUUUAAAAUAUAUAUAUAAUAAAAUAUACCAAAAAUAAUAUUAUUUUUUAAAAUUUAAUAAUCUCUUCUAUAGUAGGAACAAAUAGUUGGUUAUACACAUUUUCUAAACCUUUAUUUAGUCUACAGCUAAUACUCUCUUAAUUACUAUUAACUGAAAAUAUGUACAAAAUAAUUGUUUUCUAGUAUGCUAUUGGUGAUGGGUAUGAUAUUGUAUUAUAAUUCUUCUGUGAAUAAUCAUGGCUUAUACACAUUACAUGACAUUCUAACACUAAUUUGUUGUAAACAUUAUUUUUAAUUUAUUAUAAAUUUGCAACUGUAAAAUGAAAUGCUGCAUGGCUUGCUAUGCUAUAUGAAUCAAAGUUUCUUUUCGAUUAAUAACUUAUUUGUAUGAGUAUUAGUCAUGAUAAAUUCACACUAGACACAAACCCUCUUUGAAAUCUGUGGUUAAUUAUUUAAAUAUGAUUAAUAUUUUGAUCACCGAUUCCCUUUUAUUUCUCUUCUCUGAAUUGUAGUUCAUUAACUCUUGUUUCUGUUUUUUUUUUUUUUUUUUACAAUUAUUUUAUACAAAUCCUUUAUAACACAGAUUUCGAAAGCAGGAACCUUUUUUAGUUUCAAUAAUUUUUUUUAAAAUUUACAAAUUUAGUUAAACGGCAUUACAAGGACGUGAAACUCACUGGUUUUAUUAAAUGCUUUUGGGGUAUAUAGGUUUUUAAUUAGUGCUUUUUUUAACAUUUACUGAUGCAUGAUAUCACUUAUUUGUUACUUGGAAAAUGGAAUAAGUUUUUAUCUUAGAAGCUUUUUGUUAUUUUCCUUGUUUUAUUUAUUUUUAAUACCAUCCCAUACUGAACUAUUUUCUCCUUUAUUUAAAUUUAAUUUAUUUAAUUCAUAUCCUCAAAAAUGCCGUUUAGCAAAAAUUUGGAAAAUAUUUUUCAAUUUUUUUCUUAUUUUUUAUAAAGACUAUCAUAUGCUGACCAAUUUGGAGAAGAACUAACAUUCUGUUUUCUUGUUUAACCCGUUGCCGUUAGGCUUGGCGUUGCUAACAAUGGAUAACUCGCACGACUGUGGUCCAAAUCCUAACCCAAACCCGGGAGGGAAGAUAUCGCCACAUCACCCAUCUGACACAUGCAGGAUAAUAACUCAUUUAGCUUUAGUGUUUAAUAUUUUGUCACGGGUUUUCUGUUCUCCUAUGAGCAGGGCCCUAACCCAUAGCACAGCCUUCCAUCUUUCAAUACCCCUAUAUUGUAAUUUUCAAUUUCCUUAAUAUUUUAUUUUAAAAACCACUUCACCAAUAUCCCACCUUAUAAAUAACAUAUGUAGUUUUGGUGGCAGGACUGUUAAAAUACACCUGCCUGCAUUGGAACUAAUGCGCACUAUUUAUUUUGAGCGAUAUCAUUUUUCACAUUGCUUGCUACUUACUACACCAUUAAUUCCUUUCUGUAGGUUUUGUAAAAAGCUAAUUAUAUGUUUUUCACUUUAGAGAAUGUGCUAUGAUUUCAAUGUACAAACUACUCUUACUACUGCUACUUAAUAUAUAACUUAGUAUUUAAUAAAACUUCAGUUAGUUAUAUGCAUUUAAUUGUAUUAAUUAAAAUGAAGAUAAUACAUAUGAUAGUAAACAAUAUGUUGUUUAUUAUUGUAAAUAUUUGUUUUUAUUAUUGAAGAAUAAAUAUUCAUGAAUUAAAUACUCAAUUUGCAGUAUUAAUUUUACAUGUUAUAAUUUUCAUAUAUAUUUAUAUACUUAUAUUACUUUGGUUUUCUUGAAAUGAAUUUUGACAGUGAAGUCUGUUACAUUGUUUAUUAAAAUUAUUGACAUUAUUAUAUUAUAUUUAUUAUUGUGCCAAAUCUACAUGAAGUUGGCAGUGCCUUUUGUUAGUUUAAUGAUACUUUAAAGCUAUUGUUUACUAUCAUAUAUGUAUAUGUAUACA